GUUAAACAUGAAAUGUUUUAUUAAGUAUUCGCUGGAAUUGCAGACGAGAAUGACGCACAAUUUAUUCAGGCGACACUUGGUUUCAAUUCGAGAGAAUCCGGGAGUCCUUCUGCCUUUGGAUGAUGGGUCUUUCAAUGCAGCUCCUGCGAACGAGAGAAGACAUGACAAUAAAUCUACGUGUUCUUUUCAAAUGCACAUCUGGGUUACCUGUUUUCCUUGGAUCAAAAAGCACACUGGAUUACUGGACGAGAGAUUGGCAGCAUCCUUGGGAGGACAGCGAAAAUCAAAUUCUCUCCAGGUCCUCCAGGGUCUCGCAGGGAUGGUCGAGGACGUUGUCUGUGUCGUUCACAGGAUUAUUUCACAACGCUGUGCUUACCAUUUGAAGGACCCGCCAGUGGAGAUAUAGACCAGUAACUGGAAUUUCAAGAAAUGAAUGAUUGUGAAAUGCAGUUUUAACACUUAAACACUUAAUAUUUUUAUUUGUAAUUUCGAUGUGUGUAUUUCACUUACCCUGCACAAGUGUAUUUGUCAGUGACGCUAGACUCCCUGGAGACCCUGGAGACUCCAGGCUUCCCGGCCCACAUUGUUUUCCCCCGGAAAACAUGUCUUCAGAUAGCUUGUCUAGUGAUCCAAAAGAAAAAGGAGACGCCAUCAGUGAAGAUUUUUUCCUGCCAACAAAAGUGGUAGCUGAAGUGCAGCUGGAGCCAAGGGAUAGUGCUGUACUGCUUGGAUCAGAAGCCAGUUUUAACUGUAGCCUAAAGGAUCCCUGGUCGGUUAUGACAUGGCUGUUCAAUGGCAGAGUGGCGCUUACAAUUUCCAAGGACUAUGGUGUUCUUCAAAACACUACACGUUUCACAGCAGCUAAUUACACCACAAAUGAAGUUUACAAAUGGGAAUUUACCAUCAUGAAUGUGACAAGGAAUGACUCAGGAGUAAUCACAUGUGAUGUUCAAAAUAUACAGAGAAGAGCACACUUGUCUAUUCAAGAAAGUGGGACUGUUAGCAUUAAAGGUGGCAACAUAACUGUGAGACCUGAUGAGCAAGUGUUUUUUGUCUGUGUUGCAUCUGGAUGGUUCCCUGAACCACAAGUAUCUUGGAAUAUAAAUGGCAAAAUGGCAGAUACUGAAAACUAUAACACCACUGUUGAGACUGCAGGAACCCUACUAAACUCCAACAGCACUCUGUCAAUUUCAGCAGUUGAAAGUGCUGAAGUUCAGUGUCUGGCCAAAGUGCCUGCUUUGUUCACACCACAAACCACCAGUGUUUUCCUGAUAGUUGAUAAGACCAAUCUACAACCUGACAGAACGUGGCUGAUUGCCAUAAUUGUGACCUUUAGUUUGGUUGCACUGGUAGUGUUGGUCAUCAUUGGUAUUAUCUUAUUUUGUAAAAGGAAAAAUGCAAAUAAGUCCAGCUCUAAAGGGAAUGUCAUGAAUCCGAGCCAGAAUGCAGAAGAAACCCAUGGAAAAGAUAACCCUGGAUACAUUACAAAUGGGGACAGAAGUCAUAGCAAUUUCAUCACAGUAAAUAAUUACCAGAUUCCAGACAUGAACCAGACAAGCAGUGGUCAGCAAAAUGUUUCCAAGAUACAUGAAGGAAUGACCACAACAACAUUCAGACAUGUUAGAGGGAAGAAACCUCUCUUCCUCUGUGAGACGCUGACAGGAGGAGGGCCCCCUCUUGUCCUUCCUCCCUGCAAAGAGCGCCAACUUUAGUGUUGUCAAUCCCCUCAUAUCAUUGAACUGCUUUCUACAUACAAUUGCGGUUCUCAGUGGACCAGACUAUGGUUGUUCAGGGUGGCAGCUAACUCCUCCCAUGCUGCAUGGACCUCAGUGAGCCUUCGAGGUUUAUGGUUAUUUCUUCCUUGGAGAAGCACUCCUGGUGAACACACUGUCAGAGCUCUCUAACAGACUUCAUUUAAAGUUAUACAACAAUUGGGUUCUAUGGAACUAUUUAUUUGUUUCUGAUUGGCCGAGAGACGUUCCAUGAGUUGGA